UACAUACGGCGACAAUGUACAGCUGUAAUGUAUGGAUUGAAUUUAAAUUGCACAACUACCGUAAAAAGUAGUCGAUUAUUACGCUUCGACGGCACGCGAGGGGUGGUAGUCGGGGUCAACGUGAAACGCAUACUGCGGAUGCGAGGGUACAACAGCACGCCGAAUGCACGACAAAUUGCAAGUACUACAUAUGAAAAGCUAUCGAACCUUCCUGUAAUGCAUUGUAGGUCAUUUCUAAAUUAUAAUUUUUUGCCAGCGCUUCAUGCGAUAAUCAGAAAUGCCGUUUAUCCACCACAAUCAGUACUUGAGCCUUAUAAUAUGUAGGGUGGACUGGUGGAGUGCUGAAUUACUGAUUGUGGUGACAAAAUAUAAUGUUUCCGUGCAAGAAGUGGUCGUAUUUGUAUGAGACUAUGAGUAGUUUGAUUAUACAAGCCCAUCCAACAAUUCUUUGACCGCUGUAAGCGGGAAUAAGCAGAACAUCUCAUCAAAAGAUGUUCCCAUGUUCUUUCAUCGCCAGUAAAUCUGGCGCAGGUGCGAGUGUAUUUCUUUUGUCUUAAUGGUCAAUGUUAUUGGUCAAACCCCUUUAAAACAAAUGGAGUGAAUUAUGGAUUUAUCUUCUGGGGGAGUUGUGCCACCCACAAAACCCUCUUUUCCCUGCCAAAUUUGUGGAUUUAUUUGCACAACCAAGAGCGCCUUCACCAACCACACUGGGAGCAACAAGUGCAAGGAAAAUGUGUUGCGUCGACAGCGCGGAUUGGAUCACUCGGCCCCCGUAGAAGCCUCGGCCACGGACUACAGCUCCAGUCUUCUAAAUCAGGCGGCGAUUCCUGAUGCAAUUCUCCAAAAGGCUCAAGAUCUACAGAGACUUUCCUCAAAGCUAAGUAUACUGCCUGCACAUCAGGCUUAUUUCCUUUUGCGGACGUGUAUCUGUGUUCCUAAAAUGAAUUAUCUACUUCGUGCAAGUCCAACCUGGCUGUGCGGCGACGAAUUAGAUCAGUUUGAUAGCGUGGGCAAAUCGGCUUUAGAGGCAGUCACGAACGUUAAAAUGGAUGGGUUAACGUGGGCUCAAGCAUCGCUCCCCGUUUCCAGUGGUGGGUUGGGGAUCCGACGUGUGGCAGAACUAGCAACUCCAGCCUAUUUGGCUUCGGUUUAUGCCACAUCAUCCGUGGUCUCAGACAUCACCACUGCAACGGAGUGCUAUGACUUGGUGCACCAGUUGUGGCAAACAGCCUCGGGUGCUGAGCUACCAGCGGAAAAUGUUCGGCGAUCGCAGAAAGUGUGGGAUGCCGCUUUAGUGAAGAAAACUUGUGAAGUUAUUGUGAAUACUUUCGCGAAUGACGUAACCCACUGUGCGCGUUUGCUUGCAGUUGCGCAGCCGGAAUCGGGAAAUGGCUGA